AUGUCUCAAGAAUCCAGCAUGGCUCCAGAGAGCCCCGAGCAUGCAAAGCCUCCGGGACAAAGCACGGAUGAAGUCACCCAGCGCAAGGAUGUCGAGCCACGAAUAGCACCCGACCAUUUUGACCAGGAUUAUCGCACCACCAGAUGGGAGAUAUGGGCCUAUUAUGCCUAUUAUAUUGGAAAUAAUGGGCUCUCGUUGUUCAACUUUGGCCCAACUGCCUUCCAGAACCUCCUCUAUCAAGCUGCUGGGGAUGGAGGAACUCUUCUUUUCGCCGGCCGAGAACGCUCCAUCAAUAGUAUUGUUCUCCUCAGCAACGGUAUCUCAUUCGCCAUCCAAGUUGUUGUCUUCCUCGUCAUCGGCAGUUUCGCCGAUUUCGGUAAAUGGCGACCGAAUAUCCUCAUCGGGUUGUCAAUCAUUGCUUAUGGAAUUGGGUUCGGCUGGCUGGGCGUUCACACGGCGGAUAAAUGGCACAUCGGAGUGGGACUGUACAUUGUCGGAUUGAUCGCCUACCAAACGACCCUGACGUUCUGGAUGGCCGCCUUCCCCGGUUUGGCGCGCAAUACCCAGGCUAUGUAUGCAAAAUCCGAGGACUACGUUGCCGGAAACAUCUCGCGCGACGAGUAUGACUAUGCCGAUAGCUUGGAGCGCAGUCGGUUGGCCAACAUUUCCUUCUACAUCCAGUCGGUCGCGGAGAUAUUCAUUCUCGCGAUCAUUGUAGGGAUCAUGUUCGGUUUGCGAGUGGAUCAAAGUGAGCAGAAUAAUAAUUGGGGAUUGAGUGUACUUAUUGCCUUUGCCACGGGGGUGUGGCUGUUGGUGUCUCUACCUUGGUUCUUUCUCGAGAAACGUCGACUAGGACAGGAUCCGGGCGACGAUAACAUUUUGAUGGCUGGAUUGAAGCAGCUCCGUCAUGCUCUGACGCAGGUGUGGAAACUGAAGCAAAGCUUGCUAUAUCUUCUAGGAUACUUCCUUCUUGGCGACUCCCUCAACACAACGGUGACCGUGAUAUCGACCUUACAGAACAGUGCUGUCGGCAUCUACUCCUUCUGGUACUGCCAAAAGCGAUUCCAACUCAGCACAAAAACCGUGUUCAAUGUCAUCGCCAUGGCAAUCAUCCUUCUAGAUGGUUGGGGCAUGAUCGGUAUCUGGACCCAACGAUUCGGAUUUCACCAUGUUUGGGAAUUCUGGCUCUAUCAAGCCUUCUACGGCCUCUUCGUCUGCCCCUGGUACAGCUAUUCCCAAGUCAUGAUCUCCGAAGUGACACCCCGCGGCCACGACUUCCUCUUCUUCAGCCUGUUCAGCAUCAUCGGGAAGACGUCCUCGUUUAUCGGCCCACUUGUAUCCAGCGCUAUUAUUGAUGCGUCGCCGUCGAGGAAUAAUUCGAUGCCGUUUUAUUUUUUGUUUGGGUUGAGCGUGGCGAGCUUUGCGGUGUUGGUUAUUUGGUUGGAUUUGGAGAAGAGUCGGAAGGAGCAGGAGGCGUUUUUGAGGGAUCAGAAGAAUAGAGAGGCGGUGGAUGAUGAUUGA